UAGCUAUUGGAUUCUCAAGCAUUAGGAUAUGCAAGGCGUCAAUUCGCAGCAGGAGGUGGUUGCGACUGAAGAACUCGAUGAUCCGGUUGGAUUGGCUAUUUCAGGCGAUGAUCCGGUUGGAUUGGCUCUUUCAAGCGAUCGUAAUCCAGCUGAUCAGGACUUGUUAGGGGUGUCAGUGAGUUCUAUUGAUGAAGCAUAUGAGGUUUAUAAUGAUUAUGCUUUCAGGCUAGGUUUUAGUGUGAGGAGGGGUAAGCAAAGAUAUAGUGCUGGUACAAAACAAUUGAAGAUGAAGGAGUUUAAUUGUUCAAAGUCUGGGUUUAAAAGGGUUUUAAGAAAUGGAAGUUAUUUAAAAGUUGAUGUACGGACAGGUUGUCGUGCAUCUGUUCAAUUUGAUUUAGAUGGGAAUGGGAUGUGGACUGUGACAAAGCACCAGAAGCUUCAUAAUCAUGAGUUUGUUCCAACGACCAAGAGUUAUCUUCUACGGUCACAUAGAUCAGUGUCUAGAAAUCAUCUUUCCUACAUAAAGGAUUUGAAGAAGAGCGGUGUUUGUGUGGCUGAUGGUUUACGGUUUCUUAAAACACAAUCAGGGGGUCACCACUCGUUGGUUUUACAAGCAGGGAUGCAUAUAACUCGCUGUGCAUUGAUGUAUUGA